AUGCCCGAUUUGCCGCGUUGUCUGCUGAAUCUACGCCGACGCAUGCUGGCGCGCCAGCGCACCUUCUUUUUUGUUGUGAUGCUCGUCGCGUCGCUCGUCAUUUUAUCCCUCACUCUACAAGUAGCAGACAGUGGAUCCGCCAAACGCCAGGCCCUCGGUCAUGCCGGCGAUAACCAACCUCUAGAAGACAUUGAGAACAAUUAUCCGGACGAUAGAGACAACCAAAAUGCGCCGGUGCUUGAUGACAGCCCACCUGACGAAAGAGGCCAGAAACGCGUCGAAAAGCUGGAUCCACGGUUACAGGAGCUCCAAGACCAAAAUGAAGGCAUCCCGGCAAGAAUCGAGGCGUUGGAGGCCCAGCUUGCCCAAUUAAAUGCACUGCUUAUCGCUCAGAGGGCCAGCGGGAACGCGUCCAAAACAUUCCCGCCAGUGCGCUUUCGAGAUGAGAGGUCGCGACGAAGGAUCCUGAUAACGGGCGGCUGUGGAUUUGUCGGUUCACACCUCGUCGACAAAUUGAUGGCUGAUGGUCAUGAGGUGAUUGCACUCGACAACUAUUUCACCGGACGCAAGCGCAAUAUUGAGCACUGGAUCGGACAUCCAAACUUCGAGCUGGUACAUCAUGACGUGGUCAACCCGUAUUUUGUUGAAGUUGACCAAAUCUAUCAUCUCGCCUCGCCGGCUUCUCCGCCACACUACAUGUACAAUCCUGUGAAGACGAUCAAAACGAACACCAUCGGCACAAUUAAUAUGCUCGGGCUGGCGAAGCGCGUGAAAGCCAGGAUGCUUCUCGCGUCAACGUCCGAAGUUUAUGGUGAUCCCGAGGUGCACCCCCAGCCGGAAGAGUACUGGGGCCACGUCAACACGAUUGGUCCCCGUUCCUGUUACGACGAGGGCAAACGUGUUGCCGAGAGCCUGAUGGUUGCGUAUAACAAACAGGAGAAUGUCUCCAUCCGAAUUGCCCGCAUCUUCAACACGUUUGGCCCACGAAUGCACAUGGAUGAUGGCAGAGUCGUCAGCAACUUUAUCAUCCAAUCUUUGCAGAAACAGCCGAUAACUAUCUACGGCGACGGCAGCCAGACGCGCUCUUUCCAAUACGUCUCCGAUCUCGUCGAGGGGCUCAUAGCUUUAAUGAACAGCAACACGGCAAUACCGGUGAAUAUCGGCAAUCCCGAGGAGCAUUCGAUCCAGCGAUUCGCCGAAAUCAUUCGAGAUCUCGUUGCCAGCGACAGUAUGAUCGUCAAUAUGCCGGCUCAACCCGAUGAUCCGCAUCAACGGCGCCCCGACAUCGAUCGUGCACUCAAAUUGCUCGGCUGGAAACCAAAGGUCUCAAUGCAUGACGGGCUGAAGAAGACGAUCGACUAUUUCCGUAACGAACUCUCAAACGAAGGACGACUUGAACGCAUCGCUCAAGCAGAUCAACCCCCGCCAGGCGCUGCC